AUGGCUAGCAUUACAGUGUUCUCAGCUAGAAUACCAAAUUUCAGUACACCAAUCUAUGAAAAACUUACAUUUUCAAGUAGUAGAAGUACCUGUCAGAUUUCUAUGAUAUCGGGUGCUAUUAACUUGAACAUGAAUGUGAUCGCGGAAACUGCUUCUGCUUUUUCUACUGUAUCCACUGACGAGAACACAGGUUCAUUCAGUCGACAUGAGUUAGAGCUCGAAAAUGAAGCUGCAUCAGGCGAGAAGUUUAGCUGGUACGAUCAAUGGUGUCCGGUGAUGCCAGUGUGUGAUUUGGAUAACAGGAAGCCUCAUGCUAAACGGGUUUUGGGUCUUGAUGUUGUCGUUUGGUGGGAUAGGACUGAAUCUCAAUGGAAAGUUUUUAACGAUCAAUGUCCUCAUCGUUUAGCUCCUCUUUCUGAGGGUCGAAUUGAUCAAUGGGGAAGGCUUCAAUGUGUGUAUCAUGGAUGGUGUUUCAAUGGCUCCGGUCAAUGUAAACUUAUCCCACAAGCUCCUCUAGAUGGCCCCCCGGUGCAUACGUCUAAGAAAGCCUGCGUAACUGUAUAUCCAAGCACGGUGCAGAAUGGUAUUGUUUGGUUUUGGCCAAACCCUGAUCCCGAAUUCAAGGACAUUCUACAGAAGAAAAAACCCCCCUUCUUCCCGGAGCUUGAUGAUCCCUUGUAUUCCCAUUUAAUCUCGAAUAGAGAUAUCAAUUACGGGUACGAGUUUCUCAUCGAAAACCUUAUGGACCCGGCUCAUCUUCCUUACGCUCACUACAGUAUACUAAAAGCAAAGCCUCCUGAGAACAGUGUCGAUAGAGAAGGUGGGAAACCUCUUAACAUGGGUGUAAAACAUUUGGAUAUCAAUGGUUUCUUUACAAGGCUAGACUGGGGGGGUACCAGCACGUUCUAUGCGCCUUACGUUUACUAUGUUUAUCCGAAUCCCUCUCCUUUCAGCGGCAAAGGACCAUUAUCAUCCGUAGUAGUGCCAAAUGAGGACUCCUCGAAGCCAUGGCCAACUUCACAGAGAUAUAUACUUAUAUUUCUUUGCGUUCCUAUCAGCCCUGGCAAAAGUCGACUGAUAUGGUCAUUCCCGAGAAACUUUGAUGCGUGGAAGGACCGAAUCAUCCCAAGAUGGUUCUUCCAUCUGCAGGAAAACUUGGUUCUUGAUUCUGAUCUCUAUCUUCUUCACUUGGAGGAGCGAAAAAUAAAGGAGCUUGGCCCAAUCAACUGGCAAAAAUUUUGUUAUCUUCCAGCGAAAUCAGAUGCUCUUGUUGUCGCUUUCAGAAGGUGGUUUAAUGACUAUUCAGACGGUAAAGUCGACUGGGGUUCCACGUUCACUGAAGACGCCCUUCCCCCAACUCCUAAACGCGAAGAACUGCUGGACAGGUACUGGACUCAUGUCGUCAACUGUUCCAGCUGCAACGCUGCAUAUAAGGGACUCAAUAUAGGUGUCACGGUGCUUCAGGUGAUGGCUUUUGGCUUAGUCGGGGUGGUUGGACUGAUCAAACAGGGAACAAUGACCACAGUUCAACGGACUGCAGUCUUCUUCAUGGCCAUCCUUUGCUUUGCUGCCUCGAAGUGGUUGUCUCGUUUCAUUCACAAAAAUUUUCAUUUGCACGACUAUAGCCAUGCAUUUGAAUGAAAGCCUAAAACUCGAUACUGAUCGAGUAUUUAACCAACUCAACCAACAUCUUAUUCUGGUGGUUGAAGCCCUAUGAUAUGUUAUAUACUCGAUUAAAUACCUUGUAGAGUAUCCAGUUAUCACUAUUUUUGUGACAUACUAUCUUCAGCGAAUGUACUAGUAUCGGUCAACAUAACUUAUGAUGCAAUCGGGAAACAAGUAGGAAUGUACUAUACAUGGUAUGAAUAGAAGUGUUUGAAUGUCUCAAAAUAGAAAGAAAACAAAAA